AACUUUGCCUUUGGCCUAAUAAACCAACCAUACACAAAUACUACUACAUGGAGAUUGACAAGCUGUUGAUGAUGAGGUUCUUCCUGGUUCAAUUUCUCUUCUUCUUUGCCCCAAUCCAAGCGGCCAAUUCAAACCUCUUCAGAGAGUACAUAGGAGCAGAGUUCAACGACGUCAAAUUCUCGGACGUCCCCGUAAACUCCAACGUGGAAGCCCACUUCAUCCUGGCCUUCGCCAUCGACUACACCACCUCCUCUUCUUCCCCCUCUCCCACCAAUGGACAAUUCAACAUUUUCUGGGACUCCGAUAAUCUCAGCCCAUCUCAGGUCUCCUCCAUCAAAGCCCGACACUCUAACGUCAAAGUGGCUCUCAGCUUAGGAGGAGACAGCGUCGGCAAUGGCUAUGCCUACUUCAAUCCUUCCUCGGUCGAUUCGUGGGUUUCCAAUGCUGUUUCUUCGCUCACCAACAUCAUCAAAGAGUACAAUCUGGACGGCGUGGACAUCGACUACGAACACUUCCAAUCCGAUCCCAACACCUUCUCCGAGUGCAUAGGAAGGCUGAUAGGAAGGCUCAAACAGAACGGGGUCAUCUCCUUCGCCUCCAUAGCUCCGUUCGACGAUGACCAAGUGCAGAGCCAUUACUUGGCUUUGUGGAAGAGCUACGGCCAUCUCAUAGACUACGUCAACUUCCAGUUCUACGCCUAUGACCAGGGCACCACCGUGGCUCAGUUCCUGGAUUACUUCAAGACUCAGAGCACCAACUACAAAGGCGGGAAGGUGCUGGCCAGUUUCAUCAGCGACGGAAGCGGUGGGUUGUCGCCGGAGAAUGGAUUCUUCAAAGCUUGCAGCAAGCUGAAGAGCCAGCAACAGCUGAAUGGGAUAUUCGUUUGGUCUGCGGAUGAUUCAAAAGCCAGAGGGUUUCGCAAUGAGAAGCAGUCUCAGUCGCUGUUGGCAACAUCUCGUUAGUAGUAAAGUAGUUUAUAAAAUAAAAUUGGCUGCUAUGCCUAUGCCUGUGUCUGUGA